AUGCCCGGGAGCAGUGACGUAAACCCUAGCGCAACGUCUCUGUUCGCAUUCAAGCCUCGCCAAGUUAUCCUCUCACAGCAGCAGCAAAGACGCGCACCUAUGGCGAAGGCUAAGCCUGAAACCCCGUCCGAACUGAAGCCCGAGGACGAGUCUGUGCUGAUAUCCUCUGUCGCUCGAUGGCUUGAGAAUAAGGGAUUUUCCAAAGUCCUCAAACGCUUCCUCUCCGCAGCUCAAAUUGAGGACGGCACUUGGAAGGCUAAGGCACUUGACUUGAAUGAGAUUUUCUCAAAGUAUCAGGAACUGUGUAAUAAUGCUCGGGAACAAGCGGCGUCCCAGAAGAAGAUAGAAAAACAGACUGAUGGCACAUUAGAGAAAAAUGGGGAUGCGAAUUGUGUGGAUUCUGAGGAAGCUAUAAAUAAGAAAAAGAAGAAGAAAAAGGGUAAGGAGGAUGCUGCAGUUGUCUUUGCUGAGACAGGACGAACUUCCGAAGGUAAAGUCAUCAAUGAAAAGAUAUAUGAAUCAAAUGAGUCUAAACCGUCCAAGGAAUCCGAUGGUGCGGAAGCUCUUGAAUCAACGGUGGAUCAAUCAACUAAGAAGCCCAAAGAUAAGAAGAAAAAGAAAAACAAGUCGAUCUCAGAAGCAUUAGAUGCUGAUGAAAAGCAAAUAGAUAUUUUGCCUGAGGUGUCUCAAUCAAACAAUCAAGGUUUAUCUAAGGGUUCUGCUGAAGAGGCACUUGAUUUCACUACAGAUAAGAAAUCUAAAAAGAAAAAAGUCGAGGCUACAGAGAAUGGAGAUAAUGAACAUGAGAAGUCUACCAAGAAGAGAAAAAGGACGGAUCAUGUUGAAAAAGAAAACCAGUAUGGUGAUGAAGUGGCUGUUGAAGAAUCAAAGUCUAAAAAGUCAAAAGGUCUUGAAGCAGACAAAGAUCUUGACUCUGGAUCCAAUGGACAUGCUAAACACACUGAUGAGAAUGCUAAUGGUGCCGUUAUUGGCAAUGGAGCGGAUAAAUCCAGUCAGAAAAAAUCUGCGAAGAAACAGUGGAACGGUUCCGCUGAGCCAAAAGCAGGGAAUGCAUUUCAAAGAGUGAAAAUUGAUGAGGUGGAAUUUGUUGAUGAAAGGCUUCAAGAUAACUCAUAUUGGGCCAAGGAUGGUGCGGAAACUGGUUACGGUGCAAAAGCACAAGAAGUUUUGGGACAAGUCAAAGGAAGGGGAUUCCGGCAUGAGAAAACCAAAAAGAAACGCGGUAGCUACCGAGGAGGGCAAAUUGACCUGCAAUCCCACUCGAUAAAGUUCAAUUAUUCUGAUGAAGAAUGA